GCCGUUCCUUCCCCGGGGCUGUAGCUGCAGCCAGAGGCUGCCGCCGGGGCUCGGGGCGCCGCGUCUUCCCUGCCGCUCGGAGGAGCCGCCCGCCCGGGCUGGUGCGCCAUGGAUCUGUUCGGGGACCUGCGGCGCAUGAACAAGCGGCAGCAGGGAGCCACAGGACAAACCCCAGCAUGGGCUGGGUUGGAAGGGACCCUAAACAUCUCCUGGUUCCAGCCCUGCUGCCCGGGCGGGGCUUGUUUGCCCUAAUGGAGAUGGGCAGGGUCAUCUCACGCCAGAGCAUCUUCCUGUGCGGCUAUAUUACCAAGUCUUAAAUUUUGCCAUGAUCGUCUCCUCUGCGCUGAUGAUCUGGAAGGGGCUGAUCGUCGUCACGGGCAGCGAGAGCCCCAUUGUCGUGGUGCUCAGUGGCAGCAUGGAACCAGCUUUUCACAGAGGAGACCUCUUGUUCUUAACGAAUUUCCACGAUGACCCAAUCAGAGCUGGUGAAAUAGUUGUUUUUAAAGUUGAAGGCAGAGACAUUCCAAUAGUUCACAGAGUAAUCAAAAUACAUGAAAAAGAAAAUGGGAACAUCAAAUUUCUGACUAAAGGUGAUAAUAAUGAAGUUGAUGAUAGAGGCUUGUACAAAGAAGGUCAGAACUGGUUAGAGAAGAAGGAUGUUGUUGGAAGAGCAAGAGGAUUUUUGCCUUAUGUUGGAAUGGUAACGAUCAUCAUGAAUGACUACCCAAAAUUCAAGUAUGCUCUUCUGGCAGUAAUGGGAGCAUAUGUCCUCCUGAAACGUGAAUCCUAAGAACCACCAUCAAAACCCAGCCACUUUUCCAAGUUAAAAAUACAGGGGAAAAAAUUGAUAUGUUUCAGGUGUUUUCAUUUCUGUAUAUAGUUACAAAGCUGUGUGAGCUUUUGUCUUGUCUAAAUAAACUGUACAACUGAUGAGUAAA